AUCAUUGUCCGAUCGAAGGGGCCAGCCGACGUUCUCUUUGUGGGACAGUUCUCCAAUAGCGCAAAUCUGACAUUCGAUCCAAAAAUUUUGGUUAACCUUGACGACUUUUCGACUUGAUCUAGCACUGGGGACCUUGGAUCCAUGUUUCAGACUCCGAUCGACCCUUUGGUGGAGCCGACUAGUGUGUGCCUGGAGGACAGAUUCGAUGUUGGCGGUUCUGGAUCUCCGAUGCUCAAUUUGGUGGGCCUCUUUCUCCGGCGCAACCGCUGAACUUCUCAUUCCUUGUGCUUCAAAAUCUGGUAGCUUCCUUUCAACCCUAGAUCUAGUCUGCUUAAUGCGAAUUGUGCAAGUCGUGAGGCUUACCAUGACAAUCCAGCAGAAACUGAAGGCUCCCAUUCUCUCUGCUUUCCUCAAUUUCGCUCUUCCUUCGGGAUCUGAGGCGCAUAGUAAGCUGUCUUCUUCUCUUCCAAAGAUGAGCAUGAUAUGGAAGUUGAUACUGCUGCCUCUUCACUUCAAGCUUCUGCAAAACAUCCAUUAUGGAAAUCUACUGCUACUUGCUUCAAAAGCUUGCACCUCUACAAGCAUUGUUCGGCUGAAGAACGUGAAUAGGAGGACUAUUGAUGUUCUAGCUGCUAGGCUUUACUUCUACUACUCUCUCAGCUAUGAACUACUUACCGGUGACCUUGCUGAAAUUAGAGGUAACCUUCUUGCCCUGCACCGAAUUGCAACAUAUAUUGCGUCAUGAUGAGCUGGGACAGCUGUAUUCUGGCUCUUUUCUUCUUUUUUUUGAGCUUCUCAGAUGAAUCUGCUGUCUCAUCACGAAGAUUGUUAUUUCACAUUGGUCAGUUGUGUCUAGCUCUGCUGUCUCUAUGCUUUUCAUAUUUGCAUGGAGCAUGCUGCACUCGUGCUGCCUUCUUGUUCUUAUUGGAGAUUGCUAUUGUGAUGUUGCUUGCUUUGGAUUCUUUUCUUUUACUUUUUGUAGAUUAGUAGGAAGAAAAUAAGAAGAACCCAUACCC